GAUAACUCCGCAUGCGCGCAGUUCACAAAAUGUCGGGAGGACCGGUGGAGUUGGACCUGGGGUGAGAGAUUUAUUGGAAGAAAAGCCCCAACUGGAAGCAAACCAUGACUGAAGACGAGGGAACAGCAACAAGUGAACCAGCCCGAGGAUUGAGAGCAUCAACUGGAGAGAACCCAUCUGACUUGGAGCUUCCAGUGAUUCAGUCAGAACAAAGUUUGGUUGAAAAUGAUGAGGAAUUUGUCUACGGGAAUCGCAAUAGAUCACGUCAGUUUUGCUGUCUCUGACCAGAUAUUUACGAAGUGGAGCAAGGGAUUCACUUCAUCUUCCUUCCUGUUCAGACUGUGGGGAGGGAUUCACUCGAUCAUCUGACCGACUGGCACGACCGUCAUUUUACAUGGGGGAACCCAUUCACCUGGUCAUCUCAACUAAAGGUACAUCAGCAAGUUCAUACUGGACAAGGCCAUUCACCUGUUCUGUGUGUGAGAAGGGAUGCAGUCGGAUUUCCCACCUGUGGACACACCAGUCAGUUCACACUGGGCAGAGGCUGGUCAUCUGCUGAAUUUGUGGGGAAAAAUCCACUCAGCCAUCUGACAUAAUGGCUCACCAGUGAGUUCACACCGGGGAGUGGCCAUUCAUCUGCUCGGAUUGUGGGAGGGGAUUCACUUGCCCAUCUGACCUAAUGGCUCAUCUGCGAGUUCACACGGGGGAGAGGCCGUUCACCUGCUCGGACUGUGGGAAGGGAUUCACUCAGUCAUCCCAUCUGAAGGUACAUCAGAGAGUUCACACUGGGGAGAGGCCGUUCACCUGCUCGGACUGUGGGAAGGGAUUCACUCGGUCAUCCCAGCUGAAGGUACAUCAGAGAGUUCACACUGGGGAGAGGCCAUUCACCUGCUCAGACUGUGGGACGGGAUUCACUCAGUCAUCCCAUCUGAAGGUACACCAGCGAGUUCACACUGGGGAGAGGCCGUUCACCUGCUCAGACUGUGGGAAGGGAUUCACUUGCUCAUCCCAACUGAAGGUACAUCAGCGAGUUCACACUGGUGAGCGGCCGUUCACCUGCUCAGACUGUGGGAUGGGAUUCACUAGCUCAUCUAAACUGAAAAUACAUCAGCGAGUUCACACUGGAGAGAGGCCGUUCACCUGCUCAGACUGUGGGAGGGGAUUCACUUGCUCAUCUGACCUAAUGGCACACCAGCGAGUUCACACUGGGGAGAGGCCAUUCACCUGCUCAGACUGUGGGAAGGGUUUCACUCAGUCAUCUGAACUGAUGGUACAUCAGCGAGUUCACACUGGGGAGAGGCCUUUCACCUGCUCAGACUGUGGGAAGGGAUUCACUCGGUCGUCUCAACUGAGGGUACAUCAGCGAGUUCAUACCGGUGAGAGGCCUUUCACCUGCUCAGACUGUGGGAAGGGAUUCCCUGGCUCAUUGCAACUGAUGGUGCAUCAGCGAGUUCACACUGGGGAGAGGCCGUUCACCUGCUCAGACUGUGGGAGAGGAUUCACUUCCUCAUCUAACCUGAAGGUACAUCAGCGAGUUCACACUGGAGAGAGGCCAUUCACCUGCUCAGACUGUGGAAAGGGAUUCACUCGGUCAUCUGACCUGAUGGUACACCAGCUUGUUCACACUGGGGUCAGGCCAUUUUCCUGCUCAGACUGUGGGAAGAGAUUCAGUCGGUCAUCUCAACUGAAGGUACAUCAGAGAGUUCACACUGGAGAGAGGCCGUUCACCUGCUCAGACUGUGGGACAGGAUUCACUCAGUCAUCCUCCCUAACGAAACACCAGCGAGUUCAUACUGGGGAGAGACCUUUCACCUGCUCGGACUGUGGGAAGGGAUUCAUUUGCUCAUCUAACCUGAAGACACAUAAGCAAGUUCACACUGGCGAGAGGCCAUUUACCUGUUCAGACUGUGGGAAGGGAUUCAUUCGGUCAUCUCAACUGAUGGCUCACCAACGAGUUCACACAAGGGAGCAGCCGUUCACCUGCUCGGACUGUGGGAAGGGAUUCCCUUGCUCAUCCCAACUAAAGGUACAUCAGCGAGUUCACACUGGAGAGAGGCCGUUCAUCUGCUCAGACUGUGGGAAGGGAUUCCCUUGCUCAUCCCAACUGAGGGUACAUCAGCGAGUUCACACUGGGGAGAGGCCUUUCACCUGCUCAGACUGUGGGAAGCGAUUCACUCAGUCAUCUGAACUGAAGGUACACCAGCGAGUUCACACUGGGGAGAGGCCAUUCACCUGCUCAGACUGUGGGAAGGGUUUCACUCAGUCAUCUGAACUGAAGGUACACCAGCGAGUUCACACUGGUGAGAGGCCAUUCAUCUGCUCAGACUGUGGGAAGGGGUUCCCUUCCUCAUCCCAACUGAGGGUACAUCAGCGAGUUCACACCGGCGAGAGGCCGUUCACCUGCUCAGACUGUGGGAAGAGAUUCCCUUGCUCAUACCAACUGAGUGUACAUCAGCGAGUUCACACUGGCGAGAGGCCAUUCACCUGCUCAGACUGUGGGAAGGGAUUCACUCGCUCAUCUAUACUGAAGGUACAUCAGCGAGUUCACACUGGGGAGAGGCCAUUCAGCUGCUCAGACUGUGGGAAGGGAUUCCCUUGCUCAUCCCAACUGAAGGUACAUCAGAGAGUUCACACUGGGGAGAGGCCAUUCACCUGCUCAGCCUGUGGAAAGGGAUUCACUAGCUCAUCUCAACUGAAGGUACAUCAGCGAGUACACACCAGGGAGCAGCCGUUCACCUGCUCGGACUGUGGAAAGGGAUUCAUUUGGUCAUCUCAACUACAGAGACACCAGCGAGUUCACUGUGGUUAGAGGUCGAUCACCUGCUCAGACUUUGGGAAGAGAUUCUCUCAGCCAAAUCAACCAAAUGUGCAUCAUUGACUUCAAACUGGAGAGGCCGUUCGCCUGCUGUGAUUGUGGGGAGCGAUUCACUUCGUCAUCUAGGCUUAUGUAACUCUCGCUUCGUCUGGCAGCUUAAUGUAGGGGUAAUAGCCCCCCCAGCCCGGCCAAAUGUGAGAAAUCUCGUUUGGGUGGAUGCUGUCUGAUGUGUCCCCUGUUACAAAUCAGUUCCCCGAAAUUACAAAAAGUACACAAUAUGCGAUUAAACGAUUGAGCUUUCUGAUUCUUACUUUGACUAUAGGAUUAGUAAAACAAACAAAGUAAAAUGGCCCACUCUCUCCAUUCGUGCCUUCUCAUCUCUCCCUAGCAAAAUACCACAAAUUCUCUCUUCUAGACUCACAAGAAAGAACGUUUCUCUCAUUGGAUAGCCCCGCACUCCAAAACCCUGUUAUCUCUAGUCUUAGCCUAAACAUUGCUGCUACAGAGAAACCAUUACCUCAGCAGUGAAACAUUACUGAGAGGCCAUUACAUGAGCAGUGACACCUUGCAGCAUAUAACCAUAUAACAACCACAGCACGGAAACAGGCCAUCUCAGCCCUCCUAGUCCGUGCCAAACUCUUAAUCUCACCUUGUCCCACCUACCCGCACUCAGCCCAUAACGCUCCACUCCUUUCCUGUCCAUAUACCUAUCCAAUUUAACCUUAAAUGUCACAACUGAACUGUCCUCUACUACUUCUACCGGAAGCUCAUUCCACACAGCUAUCACUCUCUGAGUAAAGAAAUUCUCCCUCGUGUUACCCUUAAACUUUUGCCGCCUAACUCUCAAUUCAUGUCCUCUCGUUUGCAUCUCCCCUACUCUCAAUGGAAACAGCCUAUUCACAUCAACUCUAUCUAUCUCUCUCAAAAUUUUAAAUACCUCGAUCAAAUUCCCCCCUCAACCUUCUACGCUCCAAUGAAUAGAGACCUAACUUGUUCAACCUUUCUCUGUAACUUGACUGCUGAAACCCAGGUAACAUACUAGUAAAUCAUCUCUGCACUCUCCCUAAUUUAUUGAUCUUUCCUAUAAUUCGGUGACCAGAACUGUACACAAUAUUCCAAAUUUGGUCUUACCAAUGGUUUGUACAAUUUUAACAUUACAUCCCAACUUCUGUACUCAAUGCUCUGAUUUAUAAAGGUCGGUGUUCCAAAAGCCUUCUUCAACACCCUAUCUACAUGAGACUCCACCUUCAGGGAACUUUGUACUGUUAUUCCUAGAUCUCUCUGUUCCACUGCAUUCCUCAAUGCCCUCCCAUUUACCCUGUAUGUUCUAUUUGGAUUAUUCCUGCCAAAAUAUAGAACCUCACACUUCUCAGCAUUAAACUCCAUCUGACAACGUUCAGCCUAUUCUUCUAACUGGCAUAAAUCUCCCUGUAAGCUUUGAAAACCCACUUCAUUAUCCACAACACCUCCUACCUUGGUAUCAUCGGCAUACUUACUAAUCCAAUUUACCACCCCAUCAUCCAGAUCAUUUAUGUAUAUUACAAACAACAUUGGACCCAAAACAGAUCCCUGAGGCACCGCUAGUCACCGGCCUCCAUCCCAAUAAACAAUUAUCCACCACUACUCUGGCAUCUCCCAUCUAGCCACUGUUGAAUCCAUUUUAUUACUCUAGCAUUAAUACCUAACGACUGAACCUUCUUAACUAACCUUCCAUGUGGAACUUUGUCAAAGGCCUUGCUGAAGUCCAUAUAGACUACAUCCACUGCCUUACCCUCGUCAACAUUCCACGUAACUUCUUUAAAAAAUUCAAUAAGGUUUGUCAAACAUGACCUUCCACGCACAAAUCCAUGCUGGCUACUCCUAAUCAGAUCUUGUCUAUCCAGAUAAUUAUAAAUACUAUCUCUAAUAUCGCAUGUUGCACAUGUGACACACUGCCGGGUUCACACGGGAGAAAGUUUCAAUGAACUGCAUACUGGAUAUUUGUCCAUCACUGUUGCUGAAUGCAAUUUCGAGAGUGACUGUCGGUGCUGAACUCUGCAAUUAUUGCUGCUGCUCACCACACCCAGUUCUGCACCCUGGUCACUGGGCAUGGGAGGCGUUUCUUCUGCUGAACAUUCACCUUUAAUAUGACUGGAGUUUAAUAUUCUGGAUCCGCAACAAAUAAAACAGUUUAUUUUAAACUCUG